AUGCCGACCGAACUUGAAGAGCUCGUGGGCUUCAUUGCCUCGCCGAACGCCAACAUCCGCCUUCUCGCGACAGAGAACCUGGUGCCCUUCUCAGCGUCUCAGCCCGCCCUCUUCAAGACCGACGAGCUCACCCCCAUCAAGCAUCUCAAGUUCUUGAUCCGCGACCACCCGAAAAUCGCCGAGCACGCCCUAACAUGCUUGAUCAACUUGACUGCCGAGAAGGAUGUGCUGGAAUACGUCGCGACCGAUGAUCGCUUCCUUGGAAUCCUACUCGGGCUUCUUGUCGAGCCCGAUGAGGUUAACGCCAAUCUUAUGGCUAUGUUGCUGGCAAACUUAACCAAGUGGGAUGGACUCAAAAGUCUUCUAGACCGGAAACAGCCCGCUCCGGAGAAGCUCAAGUCCGACGAUAGGGUCAUUAACCAACUAAUGGACCUCUUCGUCAAGGGCGCCGACGGGACUUACAACAAGCACGCCGAUUACGACUACCUCUCCUACGUCUUUGCCGACCUUUCGAAACAUGAAGAGAUCCGGCACUACUUCGUCAACAGACAGGACUACGACGACGUUAUUCCUAUCAACAAGAUCAAGGUCUUUACCGAACACAAGUCCGAUAUCAGGCGAAAGGGAGUGGCGAGUAUUAUCAAGAACGCUGCUUUUGACAUUCCUUCGCACCCGGCAUUUUUGGAUGAGGAUGACGUCAAUAUCUUACCCUACAUUUUGCUUCCUAUCAUGGGCGGCGAAGUUUAUCCCGAGGAUGAGGCAUUGGAAAUGCUUACCGAUCUUCAGCUAUUGCCGCCAGACAAGCAGCGCGAUCCCGACAGCAGCAACAUUCUGACACAUCUAGAAACUCUUACUCUCCUGACCACAACGAGAGCUGGCCGCGAUUUGAUGAGGAGCAUCAGCGUUUACCCCAUUGUUCGGGAAACCCACCUGCGUGUUAAUGAUGAAGCUGUCCAGGAUGCUUGCGAGCGGCUAGUAAAUGUACUAAUGAGAGACGAAGCUGAGGGCGAAGAGAUUGAAGGAGGGGCAGCGACAGCAGAAGAAGAGGACGACAUCGUUGAGGUUUAAAAAUCUUGAGAAUGAACCAAACGGAGCUGGUUUCGCUCCAUUAACGUCUGCCCGAAACCGACAGCCCGAGAUUGGUAUGCUCAUACGUCAUUUACAUACCGUCUGGAAGCACUUUGGGUUCCAUGAUGCUGAAAGUCGUUACACCGCCACACACACAGCCUUACCAAG